AGUUGGGACACAUAUUGCACCUCUCGGGUGUUCUUGGGUUCGGAAGGAUAAUGUGCCACGAUCUGACGACGAAUUAGGUGUCGUGGGCGGGGGAUCAAGUGUUGAAGUGUCUGAAUUAUUAGGUACGUUGGCAUCGUAAAUAAGAUAUGUGCUGAAGUGUGACCCUGCGUGUGUACAUAAUCUAUAUAUCCGCCCGUCGAUGAUUAUUACGGUAAACGUUUGGAAGUGCUAAUAAGUGAUUCGCAAGAUCGUACCGCAGAACGUCCCAGCUCGUCACGAUUUUUGUUCAGUUGCUGAGUCGAUAGUCGAAGGGUCCAAACCAAAGGAAACCACCGAAGAUGAGCCCUGCUAUCGCAACUUGGAUUGGACUGGCGGUAAUGCUGCUAACUACAGUUCCAAUCGCAUGGAGCGCCGAUCAUCACCGUUUCGGUUACACAAGACCAGAGCAGCGACGGUGGGCAAGAGCACACCAAAGCUGCGCUGGAAAGCAUCAAUCGCCGAUCGCCGUUGCCAGCAGCAGGGCAAUUGCAUUAAACAUGCCAGCGAUCGAGCUGGUCGGUUACAACAACCUCCUGCCGGGACCGAUCACUCUGCAUAAUAAUGGACAUUCAGUAUCUCUAGGAAUCCCGAAAACCGAUCCCGAGAAGGGCCGACAUCCGUACAUCUUCGGUGGCAAAAUGCAGAACGAAUACGAACUGGAAGGGCUGCACUUCCACUGGGGAGAUAAGAAUAGCCGUGGAUCGGAGCAUGUUCUCAACGAUAUCCGAUACCCACUCGAAAUGCACAUCAUCCAUCGAAACAAAAAGUACAAAAAUGUCGCUGAAGCAUUGGGAUACUCCGAUGGUCUGACAGUGCUUGGAUUCUUCUACCAGGUCACCGAGCACGAGAGCCCCGAAAUUGCCCAUCUACUGCGAUCAUUUCCGCUGAUCGAGCAAUUCGACGAACAGGUUCAUCUCAACUUUACCUUCACCCUGAAGUCCAUCCUUGGGGAUAUCGAUCUGACUCGGUUUUAUACCUACAAGGGCUCCCUGACGACGCCACCCUGUUCCGAGGCUGUCACGUGGGUACUGUUCCCGGACGUGCUAAGCAUAUCCAUCACGCAGAUUCGUCGCUUCCGGAUGCUCGACACCGGCCUACCCGGAUCACCAAUGGUGGACAACUACCGGGCACUGCAACCGCUCGGCAAUCGGCGACUUUUUAUCCGGAAGGUUAACUCACGCAACACUGCACUCGAUGAGCUGCGGAGCGGGUUCGAUCACACCCAGUGGGAUUGGGUUUACUGAGCAACCAACUUCGUGGUAGAUUACUUGACUUAGAAGGUCGGCGUGUAAAUAAUUAGCCUAGCCUUUUCGAGGGGGUAGGCAACGGGAAGCGUGGUUACCAAAAAAUAACAGAACAAUGUAGUCAGAAAGCAAUUGUUUAGUUUUAGUUUUAUUUUUAUGUUGUAAUAUGUUCACAUCUUAUAUAGAUUAAAACUUAAAAAAGAGAAGGUCAAUGAAGCGUAAAAUCUCUUCAAGAAAGGACAUAUAUUUCGACUUCACAACUGGAUUGAACUUGAAUGUUCAAUCCAGAUAAAUUAGUUCGAAUAGAAGUAAUAAUAGGAUAUAUGCUAAUGUGUUCUCUUAAGCCUAAGGAAAACUACGUUAAUUAUCGACUUUUCAGGUAGAUACAUACUGGAAGAAGCUAACAAAUUCAGUAUCGAUCUUAUGCAUUCGCUGAAUAUAACCAUGCGAUAUUUAUGAAUUUUAGGGCAUUAUGAUCAU